AUGAACCCUGACAACAGCUAUCCACAUCCAACAGCAUCGGCUAUCACUGUCAUGACUGACAUUCGUUCCCAGUCGCCCCUCAUGAAGGGCUCGAUUAAUCCAGAAGAUCGACUCAUAUACGAAGAGUUUGGACAAGCGGAGCAAAGAAAUGCGGCGGCAGCAAAUGCUUUCAAGAUGGUACCCAGGACGAUACCCAGCUCUACCAGAAGUGCCAGAGGAAGUAUAGAGCGUCACACUGGUCCAGUUGCUCAUGACAAAAACAUGCUGAGGGUUCUGCCUCUCAUUCAUAUUCCAACCAGCUUCAAAGAAAAUCCAGAAUGGCGUCAAUACUAUAACCAGAGCUCGAAACCGGCCGAAACAAAACAACAAUGUUUGCUUGAUACGCGAAGUACAGCACUGCCAGAACACUCGUUGAUUAAGACGAACAAUUCCUCUACUGAGACUUUUAUCACAGCAAAUACACUGUUGGACCAAGCCUCGAUGAAAAAAGCUGGACUCGACUCCAGAAAGCUCUUGCGUCUCCCACGUUCUCGGUCUAGUCAGAAUAUCCUAAAGGCAGGGAACAUGCGCCUGAAGCAGCUGAUCCGGCCCAAACACAAUACUUACUUUCGGACAGAGGCGGUUGUUGGGGCCGACCAAGAUAUUGCUGGACAACUCCAAAAGCCGGAUUUUAUUGCUUCCCAGAAAGAUCUGCGCAGCAGAGAUGCGAAGGCCAGGAUGGAAAGGCUGGCAAAAGGGGAAGCAAUCCAUCCACCACGGUCACUUCGCAACAAAGAAAGCAGCACCAGUAUCAUUGAUCUUGACCAAGUCGAGGCAAGACAUGGUUUGGAAAAGUACCAUCGAUCCACUCUGUCCAAAUCCUGGGACGAAAUAUUCAAGAGUGUUGGUGGUUUCAAGUCAGGUUCUGACGGUGGGAAUGAUGAGCUUUGUUACAAUGAAGCUCAGUUGCACUUUACCGGAGUCAAUGUCACGAAGCCUGUUUCAGCAGCUGAUUCCAUUUCAGCAAGCAAACUUCAAGUCAAUACGUCUCAGAACGUCGACGCCAAAGGUCCUCAUGUGCCAGCUCCACGCACGUCGAAUAUUACCACAAAAUUAGUUACAGGUCCCACACGGCAGAGCUUCCAAGUUUUAGUAAAGCAACUUCCUGCCCGCCCAACGCCUACCCGCCAGUCGAAACAGGAAUGUACCAACCAAAGGGACUGGGCCACGGAAACCGACAUGCACUGUAUGCAGGUCAAAGCAAGCCUCACACCUCACUUGCGAGAAGCCCGAUCUUUCGAAGUUCUUUCCCAGCACGGGUCGGCCCCUAACACAAGCCAGUCAACGAUUGCAUUAGAAGCUAUUGAGGCCGAAAUGAAUAACGGUCAACCAGUUUCUCCUUCGACCCUGAUGGGUCCGAGCCCGCCUCUCUCUCUCAACAGUACACCCCCCCAGCUGGUAGCAGCACCCACUGAUCCACCUGCUGGACCCCUGCCUGAGCUCCCGGAGGAGUUCAGAAAGGCUGGCGCCUCUUCCCGUGCCUCGUCACAACACUCAACCCGAACACGACUUACUUGUCCCACCACUUCUCCUGGGCCGAAGCACAGGAAAACCACCAGCGCCAAUUCCUCAAGUUCAAAUUUAACACUCCAGGCUAUGAAAUCGUCCCAAGGCCACUAUCGUCACCAGACUAGUCCUGGUACUAGAAGUCUAAAAGAGGCCAGCACGAUUAGCAGUGCUCGGAGCGUACUGGCUGCAGAAACGCCGAGUCGGACACAUCCUCAAAGGAAGGCGGCCUUGGCUGUUAGCGAAAGUGUAAACGUGUCUGGCUCUGAUCAAUAUUACCUGGGCAGCAGCCAGGACCUUCGAAGUCUUGCAGCCAGCGAUAUUGACCGAGGAUACGACAUGAUAGAUACCACUGGACUAGCCUCAACCAAAUUCCCUUUUCUCACCAAUGAUGCGCUUUCUUCCCGCAGAGAUCAUAUCAAAGAAUUAAAAAUGAGAGAUCUUGCACAGGAGAAGGCGGCAAGAAUUCGCAGUCAAUCUCACCUUCGUAGCCUCGAAGAGGCAAGCGUAGCCGCAAAGCCUUCCUCGACCGCUAAUAAAGGGUCGCCGAGGCAUAUUCCACUGGUGCCCGUCAGCCCAUUCGACACAGCUCACAAAACCAUCAUUGGGGGUUCAAGCCAAGCGAGCCGCCGACCAAAUCACCAUAUCCCUUGUAGUCUAUCCAUCAAAACGAGCCAGAGUACCAUGACUCAAAGCCAGAUCAUGGUCCUUGCGGAGACGAAUCCCGAUACCCAACUGUUCUGUGCCUCUACUCCAACUAGAUCGGUGCGAAGGACUGACAGCGGGAAAGCGAUGUCUGGAAUAGGCAAAGAGAUGAAACCGAGAAAGCGAAGAAGCAAGACUAGGGUUCGUUGCCAUGUUAAUACAGCAGUAGCUUUAAACGGAGCUACCGGAGGGAAGCCAAGUGGACAGUACACUCCUCCCCUAUCCGAGCCCUCACCUCAUUCGUCAGGUGAUGACAUGGAGAACACACAUCGUCCAGAAGCCUCUCAAGACGUCAACGAUAUUUCUCCCUUGGCCGCAGAGGAAGGCGAUUUCGAGUCCACUCCAUCUAAACAAGCAUUUGCUGUACUCGCACGCAAAGAAGAAAAGAAGUAUUUGAAGGAGCAGCUACUUUUGAGGAAGCUGAAACGUGAAAGCUCUGACUUGAAGCUAGCCAUGAAGCUGUUGAGCCGUGGACUGGAGAAACUGACAACGUUCGUGGAGACAGAUGAGGGGCUUAACGAAGUCAAAGGCCGGGAAUUAUUAGGAGCGGAGAUGGAGCGUGUCAAAAGAAUGGCGGAGAGCUUCGAAUGCUCCCUUAGCCCUGAAGAUUGGGAAGGGCUUGACCAGGACACUUUCAGGCAUGAUCACCCCGAAAAGCAUACUUUGGAUGACGUAGAUGUCAGCUUGCGAGGGGCAAAGAGUGCGCGAGUGGACGAUAAUCGACCUCUAAGCCUGGUGAGCAGAUACAGCAGUGUUAGGAACUCGAUGGGUGAGAGUGUGAUUUCUGGACCCCCCCUCAAAGACGAAACGAUCAGGAACCAAUUAGAAGGAUUUAACAGGGCGACUAUGUUAAAGAGUGGUUCUCUUGAUUGA